AUGCAAAAUCAUUCGAAUAAAGCAGCCUUCAAGCCUUUUCUGCUUUCCGGAAAGGUGAUACACGGCUAUGGUCGGGGCGGCACACAGCUCGGGUUCCCCACAGCCAACCUGGAGCUUGAUGACAACGUCAGGGCGCAGUUGAAUCCGUACAAGAACCUUGUGUUGUUUGGGUGGGGAAGCGUGAUCGCAAUUCCUGGGAAGGAAAACUGUGGUGAGGGGCCAUAUCCCUUUUCCAUGUCUAUUGGCUACAACCCACACUUCCAUGGGCUGGAUCUCACAGCAGAGGUGUAUUUUAUACAUGAAUUUGCUGAGGAUUUCUACGGUGCUGUUGUGAAUAUUCUCGUCCUGGGAGAUCUUCGCGAGAUGGGGGCCUUUGUCUCCCUGGAAGCACUUGUGGAUGCCAUCAAGGAUGAUGUCCGUAAAACGGAAGAGGCGCUGCAAAAGCCCGAGCUUAAGCGAUUGAAGCAGCACUCGUUUCUGGCGCCAUCCCUCGCACCGUCCGAGGAGUUGCCGCAAUUCGAGCUGGCGGUGGUUUGA